UCCACAGCGAAAAUAUGCUCAGUACAGCUGAGUGCAUGAAUGAAAAAGCCUCUGAUAGCUUCUAGGCUAGCAAAAUGCAGCACAGUACUCAACUUAUCCUGGCAUUUAUUCUGUCCCAGGUUCUGCUGCUUGCAUUCGCAGAAGAUUUAGAAUGCAUCCCUGGAUUCCAACAAAAGGUUUUUCAUAUCGAACACCCACCUGCAUUCACAGCGGACCAGCCAGUUCUGAAUUUGGUAUUUGAUGACUGUCAAGGAAAUCAGAAAUUGAACUUUGAAGUUUCAAAUCCAGAGUUCAAGGUGAAACCCAACGGGGGCUUAGUAGCACUCAGAAACUUAACAGAUGCUGGAGGAUCCAUAUUCAUCCAUGCACGGUCGGCUCAGGCUGAAGAUACAGCAGAAGUAUUCAUUGUUGGAAGAAAAGAGAGACACGGUUCCUUAAAGGAAAUCUUAAAAACAGAAAGCAGCCUUGGAAUUGUAAGGCAAAGAAGGUCUAUUGUUGCAAGUCCAAUCUUAAUGGCUGAAAAUCAGAGGCCUCCAUUUCCAAGAUUUGUGGGCAGGGUUAUAGACAAUGACAGACCAGAAGGCUCGAAAUUCCGAAUUUCUGGGAAAGGAGUGGAACAGGAGCCAAAGGGAGUCUUUAAAAUUGUUGAGGGCACUGGCGAAGUUCUUGUGACGCGACCUCUUGACAGAGAAGCAAUUGCCACAUACCACCUCCAGGUUGAGAUCACGGAUGCCAGUGGCAAAACCAUAGAAGGACCAGUCCCUCUGGAAGUCAUCAUCAUUGACCAGAAUGACAACAGGCCUCUCUUCAGGGAAGGACCAUACAUUGGGCAUGUCAUGGAAGGGUCUCCCACAGGAACGACCGUGAUGCGUGUGACUGCUUUUGAUGCGGAUGACCCAGUUACAGAGAAUGCCGUGCUGAGAUAUAAUAUCCUCAAGCAGACGCCAGACAAACCCUCUCCGAACAUGUUCUACAUUGACCCAGAGAAGGGGGACAUUGUCACGGUGGUGUCUCCAGCCAUGUUGGACCGUGAAACAAUGGAGAAUCCGAAGUAUGAGUUAAUAAUAGAAGCAAAGGACAUGGGCGGCUUGGAUGUCGGGUUAACAGGCUCAGCCACUGCAACGAUUCUUAUUGAUGACAAGAACGAUCACGCACCAGUCUUCACCAAGAAGGAGUUCCAAGCCACAGUGAAGGAAGGAAGCACGGGCGUGAUUGUGAAUUUGACGGUGGAAGAUCGGGACAACCCAGAAACAGCCGCGUGGAGAGCAGUUUAUACCAUCAUCAAUGGGAACCCAGGUCAGAGCUUUAAGAUCCAUACGAACCCCAAGAAUAAUGAAGGGAUGCUGUCAGUCGUCAAGCCUUUGGACUAUGAAAUCUCAGCUUUCCACACACUGCUGAUCAAAGUAGAAAAUGAAGACCCGCUGGUCCCGGAUAUAGCAUAUGACACCAGCUCCACAGCAACUGUCCAGAUCACUGUGCUGGAUGUCAACGAAGGUCCCAUUUUCCACCCGAACCCAAUGACGGUCACCAAAAAAGAAAACAUCCCUAUUGGCAGUGUUGUGCUAACAGUGAACGCCACGGAUCCAGAUACUUUGCAACAUCAGACGGUGCGGUACUCCAUCGACAAAGAUCCUGCAGACUGGUUGGAAAUUAACCCAAGAAAUGGCACCAUUCGCACGACGGGGAUCCUUGAUCGUGAAUCACCGUUUGUCCUCAGCAAUGUGUACACCGCUUACUUCCUGGCAAUAGACAGCGGUAGCCCUCCUGCAACAGGCACGGGGACGUUGCAGAUUGUUUUGGCGGAUGAUAAUGACAACGCCCCCUCUCUUUAUCAAAGGGAAUCAGACGUGUGUGAAGAUGCCAAAGAUGUUAAAGUGGUCUUUGGAGCCUUAGAUAAGGACAUUCAUCCUAAUACAGAGCCAUUCAAAUUUGAGCUGGGCAAACAGUUUGGUCAGGAUAAAGCAUGGAAAAUCACCAGAAUCAACAAUACCCAUGCUGAAAUCACCUUGCCCCAAAACUUGAAGAAGGCAAAUUACAACAUCCCGAUUUCGGUGACAGAUUCAGGGAACCCUCCUCUAACUAACAAUACAGAACUAAUAAUCCAUGUAUGCUCCUGCACGAAAAACAAAGUCGACUGCAGCGCAUCGCCAACCCUUCACAUCAGCAUGGUCCUAAUCUUUGUUUCGCUCCUCAGUUUAUACAGUCUGUAAGAACUCCUGACAUCUGAAGCUGGUCUAUUGAGUUGCCAUGGUGACAAGCAGAAGAUCUAUGGCCCCAAGCAGAAGAUCAGUUUUGACUCUGAUGCUUCCUUCCCUUCUAAGCCUUCUGUUGCUCCAGAUUUGGCACUUUUGCAACCUCACGCCAUCUAUCCUUCCAGCUGCACGAUUGUAUUUGACAAAACCUCUGGCCUUGCUCCGGCUUACCAACGGAUUCCUCGUUCGAGACUGACAGUUGAUACCAUCGCUCACCGAAUGGUUAAAAAAUAAUCUGAGCACACCACACCAUUGAAACCUGACGUUCCAGGAGCUGAACAGCAGAAUGACUCCAUUCUCCCCUCCCGUCUGUUGACUUGUUGCUAUUCAACUGUUUUAAAAAAAAUUGUCUGUGGGUUAGUAUUUGUAUAUGUAUGAGUGUAUGUAUAUGUAUAUAUAUUUAUAUAGAGAGAAGAGAUAUACAAUAGGGUUAGCUUUUGUAUGGCAUUCACCGUAGGCUUGUGGUCAAUGAGGCGAAGCAGCCAAGAACCAUCCUGAAGAGAGCUGAACACACACACGGGUUGCUGCACAGACAAUGGUGUGACAUAAAGGAAAGGACGCGGCUCACAAUGUGAAGCGGGCCAUUUCGGUGGUCUUUUUUAAGUCCUCUCUCACCCUCUUUCAAGUAAUGUGCCAUCUGUUCAUUUGCCCUUCUGUUUCACAUGCAAAAGAAUUAUUUUCCAGCAACCAGAAGAGAAGGAAAAGGCAACACCUAAUUGUGUCUUGGGAACAUUAAGAAAAGGAAAUCCCCGUUAGUUAUUCUGAUUAAUUGAGUUAGUUUGAAUGCAGCCUUCACUUAAAGGACUGGCCAUACCGAGAUGUCACAUGAGAACACUGUUGCUUUCCCACCUGAAACCAAAUGGGGGGCUGCUUCCUUGCCUCUGUCCAUUUCUUGGGGCUGCCCCAUUUCCAUCUAAAGUCAGUGGAUCAUGUGUUGCAGUAUUCGAAUGCAGAGAGAAAGCAGCUGGGAAUACAACUGGGAGAAGUCUUGCCUAGCCUUUCCCUUGAGGUGCUAGCUUUCUGCAUCUGGGUUUCUGGCUUGUGCAAAGGAGCAUUCCAUCAUGUGAACCUGAAGGGUUACAGUCAGAGAAACCCUACCCCUCUAGUGCUGUGGGACCCCAACUCAUGGAGAAAUUGGAAAUUGAAUGCUCUCCUGUCAGAUCAGUGGCCCAUUGGGCACAGUCUUGCGGGCACUGACUGGCAGCCUCUCACCAAAGAUUUCGGGCAAGAGUGUUCCUAGAACCCGCACACAAACAAGUGCGCUGUCAAUCACCCACAUCUGUUCCCCCUUAGCCUCAGCUUGCCCAGUAGUCAGAAAAGGAGGGAUUGGCGACCAGCAACAUCUGGAAGCCACAACUUCCACAGCCCACAUCCUGUCAGCAAUGACGUGACGGCCGACAGCUUGGAGGGCUUUAAACGGGGAUCGGACAAAUUCAUGGAGAAGAUUAUCCAUGGUUGCUGGUCCUCAUGGCUCCAUGCUGUCUCCAGUAUCAAGAGCAACACAGCCGUGCGCACCAGGAACACGGGAGGAAGGAUGCUGCUGUGUACUCUAAAGAUAUCUGGUGGGCAACUACCCAAGUCCAGUGCUGGACUAGAUGGACCGAUGGUCUGAUCCUGCAGGGCUCUGCCUGGAGCGGUGACCGUGGUCAGCCUGCCCUGUUCCAAAAGUACUACUGGCCAGGAUUUGAGGACCAAAUGCAGCUUCAGCUGAAAGUCUAGACAAAUCCCUAGAGGAGGAGGCUAUGCAUGGCCACUGCUUCUGGUGGCCACAUGGGACUUCCAGUAUCAGAGGCCGCAUGCUGGUGGGGGAGGAUGGAUACCCUCUAAGCCCAGUGAUUUUCAAUUUCCAAUGUGUCAGUUAGGUUGAGAGCGUCAUCUUUUGUCUCCAUUCCUCGGAUAUUAAUUCAGGCACAGGUAUCCAGCCUCCAUCUUCUGCGGUGAAGAGUGAUGAAAAGAAUGAAUGCACCUUCACCGCAACCUCCUUGUCUUCUUUCAUCAUGCCUCUAACUCUAGCACCAUCCAGUGAUGGGAAGUGAUAGCCUAUACUUAGUACUAAAUUACUUUUGGAGUCUGAUAGUUUCACCCACCGAAUGCUGGACUCUCUGCUCUAGCAUGGCUCCUCUUUUAAAAAUUUACUGUGGAAAAGAUCAAGAAUUCCGUAUUUCAGCACUUGGUUCCUAUCAACUCUUUUUGAAUAGGUAGAUGCCAUUCCUGCUUGUUUGUAAAAAGGUAGGUUUAUUUUUCCUCCAUUGAUUGCCUUCCCUUUUCUUCCAUUCUGAUAAUUAAUAACCAGUUCUCUCUCAAUGCCUGUGGAAGCUAGCUCUUGGUAAAGUCACAUUUGAGCACACCUAGACAAAACAGAACAAAACAAAAAAUCUAUAUACAUAUCUAAUUUGUUUUGAAUAUAGUAUAUAUGCAUACAUACACACAAUUUUCCAUGGCAUCUAACAAGAGCUUUUUGUUUCUUUUUCCUUUUCGGUGUGUGCAGAAUAACCACACUCAUUUGCAACCUAUAAAAGGCAUUCAUUAUGUAUGAAUAAAAAUCCUUUUUUAAAAAACAAAUAUUCGGUGAGCAUGUAAGGUAAUGGAAAAAUUCUAACUGUAUUCU